CCUCCACCAUACACCCACUACCCAUUGAACAUCAAGCCUCGACGACCGCGAUACCCUCACUCGACACGCUCUCCAACGAAUACGACGCCGCCGACUGUCCGACUGUCCCAUCCACUGCGGUCAACCUUCCACGUCCUCCCGACUCAACAGCGACCCGCGACCCGCGACCUCACAGAUUGAAACCCUCCCCCAACAGGCGACAGACCCUGAUUUAUGCCCGCCAUCAACCUCCACCAUCCCAAGCACCGCGAGUGAUAGGCUGCGCCAAACAAACGUUGCUGUCUGCAAUCUACCGCGCCAUGAGAUGGCUGACCGCGACCACAUAACAGCGACUCGGUCAUAAUCUUCGUCAACGGUUGCGCCACGGCUGUUGCGCCGCGACUUCCUUCCCCCACCACCUCACCAUGGAGGUUCGCGCCUUUUGGGACCAGGCCCACCAACCCACACCUACCUCGUCCUCGUCCACAAUGGUGGCAGUGUCGAGUUGUACGCCGUUCAUCCUGCCCUCGAAUGGCAUCAUCGAGUUCAACAGCACCGUAGACGUGCUGGAUCAAGUCACCCUCGGUGCUGACGCCUACUUCUACCCCAACUGCACCGGCUCCAUAGCCCCAGACGUUACUGUGAUCAAUGGAGAUGUGCCUUCGACAGACUACACCUCGUCGCUGUCCAUAAUAUACGCCCUGGCCUCCACGACCGUUACGGCAUAUAUGCUUGUUAUCCUCCUGUGCAUCACACCGCGCUCGUUCGUAUCGGGCGGCACGGUCGUCCUCGGCAGCCGCGGCGGCUUCACCGGCAGCACCACCGUGCGAGAAACAGGCGUUGGCAUUGGAGGCCGCCCUCUGCUACAAAAAGUCGCAGCCAUAAGCGUGGCCAUCUCGCUCAGCAUCGCUACCGCGAAUACCUUCAAUAUCGCCGAGGAACAAUAUAGUGCCGGAUACAUCAGUGCUGUGAUGCUGCAGACGGAGGUUCUUGGAAGCAAAGAACUCAAGGUCAUCAUGGUCAUCUCGGACACCUUCCUUUGGCUCGCACAGGCGCAGACGCUCAUCCGUCUUUUCCCUAGGCAGCGGGAGAAGGUCAUUAUCAAGUGGACAGCCCUAGCUCUCAUCACCCUCUCCGUCAUCUUCAGCACCCUCGACGACUUCGUCUAUGCCGGCUACACCCGCCCCGCCGCCUUCGUCGACGCCAUCCCCGCGCUGAGCUACCUCUUCCAAAUCGCGCUCAGCCUCCUCUACUCCGCCUGGGUCAUCUACUACGCGCUCACCAAGAAGCAAUACGCCUUCUACCACCCCCGCAUGCGCAACAUGUGCCUCGUAGCACUCAUCUCCCUCGUCUCCAUCCUCGUCCCCGUCGUCUUCUUCGUCGUCGACAUCUCCAUGCCCGACGUCGCCAGCUGGGGAGACUACGUCCGCUGGGUCGGCGCCGCGGCCGCCAGCGCCGUCGUCUGGGAAUGGGUCGAGCGCAUCGAAGCCCUCGAGCGCAACGAGAAGAAAGACGGCGUCCUCGGCCGCGAAGUCUUCGACGGCGACGAAAUGCUCGAAGUCACCCCCUCCACCAUCCUCUCCACCGACCACCGCGGCGGCGGCGGAGGCGGAACCGGAUCUGGAGGUCGUGGCCCUGAUCGCGACGGCCCUGGCGCAGCAGUUAAAGCCUCUGGAACCGGCGACCGCUGGCCAGGCUUAGGCGCCACGGCCCGUCACCGCAUCCCCCAUCCCCCUCGCCGCCGAGCAACCUCCAACCCCAUCCCCCCACAAACACCAUCCACAACAACAACAACAAACCCACAAAACCACCCCACCUGGCCCGCCCGCCCCCAGCCCGCCGCCACACCCGCCCCCCACACCGACACCGCCAGCGCCGAGAGCACCGUCUACGCAAUCCGAUACCACCCCAUCGGCGACGCUCGCUCUGUGCGCGGCGGCAGCUUCGACGUCGAAGCACAGCAUGAAGCCGUCCCCGUGGUCGCCUGGAACGAAGAUUCCACCUCCGUCUCGACCUCAAAAUCCGAAGGCGCUACCAGCGCACCACGACCACAACACCAGCAGCCUCCAGCACCAACAUCACGCAUCUGGUCCGCGAUCGAAGUACUAAACCCCUUCGCGCGCUCACGACAACGCCCACCACCCGAAGUCUCAGCAAUGACAGUCCGUCGCCUCCCCCGUCCCUCGCGCCGCCCUGAACCCACAGAGGAGGGGGGGAGGUGGGACUGGGACGUCCUUGGCAAGCUCGAGGAUUUCGCGAGUAAACGCGCGGAGAGGGUGAGGGAGAUCAGGGGUGGUGGUGGUGGGCCGGAGAAGUUACCGGUUAUGCGGAUCCCCGCGCCUGCUACGAGGAGGGUUGUUCCGGAGUCGGUGUCAGUGCCGGACGGUGAAUAGGAGCGGCGGCGUCGACGUGCCGCUUCCUACACCCGCGCCUUUACCUCCUGAUCCGAAUCCAACAUCGCCGGUCAUAGAUGCUGAUGUGCGGCCCCCCUCACCAGCACCAUCGCCUGUCCAGCGCGUGAGAGAAGCCCUUGAGCAGGCUGUGGUGAGGAAUGUUACUAUUGGCGGGGGGUCUGCAACGUCGGGGGAGAGGUCGGCGACGACGGUUGAUAGAUCGUCUACUACGAGAUCGGGGAGUAGUGGGACGGUUCUAAGAAUCCCGGCGCCGCCUUUGAGGGGGAGUGAGUAGAGAGCGUGUGCCUGGAGUUUUUUGGUUUUUUGGUUUGAGCGGGGCGCGGAGUGUAUAAACUUCCUUUUGUGUCUUUUUUUUUGGGUGGCAUAGCGCGGCGUUGGGGAUUUGGGAAGGGGAAAAAUCAAAGGGGAUGAGGGGACCGGGUGGGCGAUGAUGAUGGGGGAGCGUGGCGUUUUUUUGGGCCCAGAGUGGGUUAGGGACGCAUGUAUAUACAUAUACCACAGUUUACGGA